GAAGGUUAGUUUUCGAACUUCUCUUGCUAAUAUAAAUCGGAUCGCACGUCGCAGUGCAUAAAAAACAUAAAACAUUCAAUAAUUUGUGCUAAAAUGGCUCACCUCGUCUCGUGUUUACGCAGGUGCGUUAGCCUUACUAAUCUGAAUCUGUUUACUGGUGUACAGGCUAUCCAGACGGCAUCUUAUCACGAGCGGGUUAUCGAUCACUAUGAGAACCCGCGUAACGUGGGGUCGCUCGAUAAGAAGGAUAAGAAUGUCGGGACGGGUUUGGUGGGGGCACCUGCAUGUGGCGACGUAAUGAAAUUGCAGAUUAAAGUUGAUGAUGAUGGGAAAAUAAUAGAUGCUAAGUUCAAGACCUUCGGCUGCGGCUCGGCUAUUGCCUCCAGCUCUCUGGCUACCGAGUGGGUGAAAGGCAAAACGGUAGAUGAGGCAUUGAAACUGAAGAAUACUGAUAUUGCUAAGGAGCUCUCUUUGCCGCCUGUCAAGCUACAUUGCUCUAUGCUUGCUGAAGAUGCCAUCAAAGCAGCUCUUUCAGACUACAGGAUCAAGCAACAGGACAAAAAGUAAAAAAAAUAUGUAAGGCUCAGGACAGAUCUGUGAUUGUAAAAAUUAGGCAAGAAGGCGGGAGGGGGGAGGGGGACCUGUCUAUGAUAAAUUAUUCUUAGUCUUGGAACAUAGUCAUUAUGACAUGAUAGUGUUGUAUAAAACAGUAAAUCUUCAUGUAUAGAUAUUAUAUUUAAAGUAGACUGAAGCAAGCUGUUUGUCUUUAAAUAAAGUUUAUGAUGAAUUA